GCCGCCCAAGCCCCGUUGCACAACAUCUUUACAGAGUGUUAUUUCCUCUUUCCUUCUUUCUUUUCUCCACCCCAAUCUAAAGAAGCUUGCCAUUUAUUCAUCUCCGGAACUUCAGCAAGUACAGAGGAGGACGGGUGCUGAAAACGACGUGGACCAUGGGUGCUGACACUUGCCUCAGAUGAUCAUAUCUUCUUCUCCGAUGCGGGGCAUGCCGACGAAGUUAUGCACUAGCUCACCGCUCAUCAGUCUUCUUCUUCUCCAUCCGUCUGGUUCUAUUCAAUUCGUUGCUUUGUUGCAAAACUAGUUGGCACCGACAUGAUGGCUGCUGUGAUGUCGCCGGGAAACGGAAGGAUGACUGCUGCGAUUUUGUCACAGGUCUUGGGCUAUCUUCCACAUGUUUACGGGUGAGUUCACCAAUGAAAGGAAUGGUCAGUGUUGUGACUAUGGUGGGGUGGCAAAAGAAGAGAGGAAAAAUAGGUCUUGGGUUUGCCGGUUGGGUGCUUCGCCGAAGAAGAAAGUAACGAGAGAAGAAAGAAAGAGUUGUAGGGAUGAGAUGAAAGAAAAGGAGAAAAAAAAGGAAAAGAAAAUCAAAAAUAAAAAAAUGCCACUGAUAGAGUAUAUGGGCCUGGACCCCAUGGCCCACAUACUCAACGGCCCAAAAGACACCAGCGGGACACCCGCAUCGGCCAGAGGCACGUAGCGUCCAAGAAAGAAGAUAUCGCCUGAUUUAUUUGGACGGCAUCGUCCAUGGACCGCAUCGUCCGUGGACCGCAUCGUCCGAACUUCGCCCGGACAGAAUGUAUUUUCCUAUUUUAUGUACUAAGUGUUGUACUCAGCCCAUUAGUGGCCCUAUUUUCCCAAAGAAGGCAUGGUUAUUGUAAUGGGCCUCCUAAGCCCAAG